ACAUUUGCACAGUACUGUAUAUAUUUCACUUGUACACAUUUACUAUAUGUUGUUGCUCCUGUAGUGAUGUGAUGUUAAUUUGCUGCUACAUCUUGUCUACCAUUUGACGACAAUGGCCAUCAAGCCAUAAGACAGUUCAGGUGUGUGUGUGUGCACAUCCAUUCACUGUCAUGCUGAUAUUUGUAGCCUCAAAACAUUCUGCUGUUGACAGACAAGCCCGAUAUAAAACUUCAAGCACGAUAAGAGUCCCUCUUAGCCUGACCUGCUUUCCCAGUGGGGCUGUGUUGAGGAGUGGAUAGUGGUGUCCUCCUGCUGGCCUGAAGGAAGCGAGGGCCAAGGGGUUGCUGUGGCCUGCGCUAAAAAUACCAGCACUAUGUUUGAGUCACACGGUAGCCUCGGCUUCCUGUUUUCAGUCUCCCACGUUUACUUCCCAGAGAGAUAGCUCGCCAUCCAGAGAGGAGGGAAAAGAUUUGUGAUGUUUGCAUUGAUAUUGAGGAAUAAAUGCUUAUUCAUCAGUGUUGCUUACCUCCAAAGUUGGGUGGAGUACAGUGAGACAGAUGAUGAAGUGGUUAAAAUUGCUGAUCUGUGAUCCUGUGUUGUAGCAUAUUCUACAGAAUUCAUCGUUUUAUAGGACUAGCUAAGGAAUCAUACCAUUUCUCUCUCUGUCUUAGUGGGAUUUUAGGGUAAUUAGCUAAAUGUCUUCAAUCUGAAAUGCUUAUGAGCAAGAGGUCAUGCUUCUGCUCCCAGGCUAAGCCCCUCUUCCUCACACAGCGUCCCAAGAUGGAACUGAAAUAAGACUGAGUCGUUCAUUCUGAGCCACUACAAUCCUUUAAUGAUGGUCAUUCUAUUCUUAUGCCGUUCAUCUCCAUAAUUACUUUUUUGUAUCAACUCCAUUUCACAAAUUAGUCCUUGUUUAUUCCUUUUAAUGAUAAGAGGUGAAUACUCUUGCACUCAGAAUGAAUCCCAUUUAUGUGAUUCAUUUGGACAAGUGCCACUUACAACAAAAUCUACAAACAGGUGAUGAAAAGAAAUCCCAGAAGUAUGUUAGGUAGUAGUAACGCAUGAAGCCUUUGGGUUGUUGACCUUUUCAGCUCCUAGUAGACACAAGUCACAUCAUGUUCACUGUGUUUGUGAGCACCGUGAGCUACACAGGCAGCCAAUUUUCUUGACAUGGAUUACAAGGCGUAAUCCAGUCUUCCCAGAAUUGACUGUCUAUUGUAAUCUAUUUGCGUGGUAUUCAUGUGUAAUGCUAAACCUGAAUUAAUAUUUUUCGCAUAUUUGUUUUGUUGGUGUUUUGCUGGUUAAUAUACAGAUAAGGUCUCAUUGGGAAGCUGUGGCUCCCUGUUCAAGUCACAACAUGAAGCAGAUUGACUUGGAGCCAGAGGGAAAAGUGUAUGUCAUAAUCGACUUGACUGGAUCUUCCAGUGAAGCAGGCAGCUUUGAGAAUGAGGAGAGAGUGUUUCGAGAGCGUAUGCGACCCAGGAAAAGGCAGGGAGCGGUGCGGAGGAGAGUGCAUCAGGUCAAUGGCCACAAGUUCAUGGCCACCUACCUGAGACAACCCACCUAUUGCUCACACUGCCGCGAAUUCAUCUGGGGUGUUCUUGGAAAGCAGGGUUAUCAGUGUCAAGUGUGCACAUGUGUGGUCCACAAACGGUGUCAUGAGCUUAUCAUUACCAAGUGUGCAGGACUCAAGAAACAGGAGGACACAGCUGAGGAGGUGGGCUCUCAGCGCUUCAGUGUGAACAUGCCCCACAAAUUCAGCAUUCACAACUACAAAGUGCCCACAUUUUGUGACCACUGCGGCUCGUUACUGUGGGGUCUGAUGAGGCAAGGACUGCAGUGCAAAGUGUGUAAGAUGAAUGUACACAGACGCUGUGAAAGCAAUGUAGCCCCAAACUGCGGCGUCAAUGCGCGGGGCAUUGCUAAAGUGCUGUCUGACCUCGGAGUGACGCCUGAUAAAAUCUCCAGCAGUGUACAGAGGAGGAAAAAGAUUAGUCAAGGUGCAGAACCUCAGCCUCUGCCAAUAUCUCCACAAACAGAGGAGGAUCGCUCCAAAUCGGCUCCAACUUCACCUUGUGACCAGGACAUAAAGGAUCUGGAGAACAUCAGGAAAGCGCUGUCUUUUGAUCACCGCGGGGAGGAGCUGAAACCAAAGCCAGCUUCAUCCCCGAGUGAGAGCCGCUCGGAGGAGGACGGCCGAGAGAAUGGGGAAGUGAAGACACUGCAGUCUAAAAGAAUGAGCCUGGAGGACUUCAACUUCAUCAAAGUGCUUGGCAAGGGCAGCUUUGGCAAGGUGAUGCUGGCUGAGCUCAGAGGCACAGACGAGGUCUAUGCGGUGAAGGUGCUGAAGAAAGAUGUGAUCCUGCAGGACGAUGAUGUGGAUUGCACUCUUACAGAGAAACGCAUCCUGGCUCUAGCCAGAAAACACCCCUACCUGACCCAGCUUUUCUGCUGCUUCCAGACCAAGGACCGUCUGUUCUUCGUGAUGGAAUAUGUGAAUGGAGGGGAUCUGAUGUUCCAAAUCCAGCGCUCACGUAAAUUUGAUGAAGCCCGUUCUCGUUUUUACGCUGCUGAGGUCACCUCUGCUCUCAUGUUUCUCCACCGGAACGGGGUCAUUUACAGAGAUCUCAAACUGGAUAACAUCCUGUUAGAUGCUGAGGGCCAUUGCAAGCUUGCUGACUUCGGCAUGUGCAAGGAGGGCAUUCUGGAUGGUAUCACCACCACCACAUUCUGCGGUACACCUGACUACAUCGCACCUGAGAUUCUGCAGGAGCUGGAAUACGGCCCAUCGGUGGACUGGUGGGCGCUGGGUGUGCUCAUGUAUGAGAUGAUGGCAGGCCAGCCACCAUUUGAGGCUGAUAAUGAGGAUGACCUGUUUGAGUCCAUUCUCCAUGAUGACGUGCUGUAUCCAGUGUGGCUCAGCAAAGAGGCAGUUAGCAUCCUCAAGGCGUUCAUGACGAAGAGCCCCAAUAAGCGGCUUGGCUGCGUGGUGUCACAGGGCCUGGAGGAAGCCAUUAAAGUGCAUCCGUUCUUUAAAGAGAUUGACUGGGUACUGCUGGAACAGAGGAAAAUUAAGCCACCAUUCAAACCCCGAAUUAAAACCAAGCGGGACGUCAAUAACUUUGACCAAGACUUCACACGUGAAGAGCCUGUGCUUACUCCCGUAGACGAUUCCAUCAUCAAACAGAUCAAUCAAGAUGAGUUUAAGGGCUUCUCCUACUUUGGUGAAAAGUCUCAGUCCUAGGAUUUAAAAAAUUUUAAUCUCCUGCAUUUUCUCCAUCUGCUACACAGUGGUGUUGUUCAGCUUUAAGAACUGAAUGAAGACCAUCUGCAGUGUGGGUUUACAUGUCUAAUUAAAAGCUGCUCAUGCAGUUUUUUGUUUGUUUAUUUUUUUGAGUUACAGAUUCUAGGAAUUUUAUUUUGAAGAACACAAAGAAUCUUUCAGCUGAGCAAGUCAAUGCAAGUCUAUACAAUCAUAUAUACACAUAUUACACACAGUGAUAGAAAUGUAUGCCUAAGCAGAAACCCUAUUCAGAAUCUACAUUAAAAAGAAGCCCAAGUACUUCACUCUGAAAUCAGCUUGAAUAAUGAUUAUAAUAAUAACUUUGUUUAUUAUUAUAUUGUCAGCCAAGUAGAUUCUUGAAGGAGUACUUUGCAUGUAUUCAAAGCUUCUCAGUUGAAGCAGUGCAUGUUCAUGUGCAUUUUUCAAAGGCUCACAUCAUGCAGCUAGUAUCUUCAGGAAUCCGUUAUUAUUUUCCAUCUGUAAUUAGUGUUAUAAGACACUAAUUUUAAGAUACCAGUUGUAUCUUAAAGAGUCAGUUUUUGUCUCAUAUACAUAUACACUGGAGUUCAAAAGUCUGAGACCACAUUGAAAAUCUGGGUAUUUUACUUAUUUAUUUAUUUAUUCAUUUUUAAUUUAAAAUUGGAAAUAAACAGAAUGUUUUGGAAUUUUUAAAUAUCUAAAACAAAGAAAUUAAAUGUUCAAUGUCUUGAAUAUUGAAGAAUAUCUUGAAGAAUAUCUAUUGAAUCAUGUGUUCAGAGGUCAGUGGAGUUGUUGUCAAUAAUAUAAUUUGUAAUAAAAACUGUUGUAUUACAUUUUUUUUUUUUUAAAGAAACACUUCAAUAGAGGUCACAGACUUUUGGACACCACUACGUGUGUGUGUGUGUUUGUGUUUGUGUGUGUGUGUGUGUGUGUGUGUGAGUGUGUGUGUGUGUACAGUACUGUGCAUAAGUUUUAGGCACCUAUAAACAAGGUUUGUUUUAGAUUUUUUUUUUAAUGACUUCUACAUUAUCGAGUCAGAAAAAAAAAAUUGAUUUCCAAACAUUCGUUUUCUAGCACAAAAUUAAAUGUUACAGAAAAAUGUUUGUAUGUAAUUAAAGAAAGCAGCAUAUUAAGAGACAAUGAAGGCUGCUGGGUUUUGCGGCAAAAAUAAGAAGCAAGUGCGACAGUCAAAGUCUCCAGAAGAGAUGUGGUUCUGCAAGAUGUUCAAUAAAACUUACAGCUCAUUUCUUUAUAAAACUUUUAAAAAAUUCAACAUGAGACUACUAUUUUUUAUUUUUUUUGUCACUCCAAAUAUUGACUUUGUUUCAUGUAAUACUGUUUACUGCUCUUUAUGAUAACUUAAUUAUUUUAAAGGCAUCUUUGCUCUACAGCAUAUCUUUGCAUGUGCCUAAAACCUUUGCACAGUACUGUAUGUAUGUGUGUGUGUGUGUGUAUAUAUAUGUAUAUAUAUAUAUAUAUAUAUAUAUAUAUAUAUAUAUAUAUAUAUAUAUAUAUAUAUAUAAUUUCUAAAAAACAGCAUAUUUCUAUUGCAGUUAUUGUAAUAAAUUGUAAUAAAACUACACAAUGAAAUAAAUUGUAGUAUUCCGGUCUACUAAAAAAAGGUUAUGUGGAAUCAAGUGGAAUGCAACAGGAAAUAAGUAUUGCACACAGUAAGAAAAAGCACUAAACCAACUGAUUCCAAUAAUUAGUUCUCCUACCUGUCCUAUGCCCAUGGUGGGUAGGUAGUGUUGCUGUCUCUCACUCACAGAGCCAGGGUACUGGGUUCGAUCCUGAGCUUAAAUAUAUUUAAAACUUUAAUUUCCCCUAUGGGGAUCAAUAUAGGUUCAUCUUAUCUUAAUUGCAAUCAGCUGGGUUAGUGCAUGUUGGUAGGAUAAUAUUUCCACUCUAGCAGCAUAGCAAUAGCACUGGAUACCGGUGGAUUUCUCAACUCCUACAGUAAAUGUUCCUAUACGCACCACUAAGGCCAAUAUCCGCAAAUGGAAGGAACAUCAUUUGGCCAAGCUGCCACACAAGAUUUCUGACUGGGCAGUCGGAAAGUUAGUCAGAAGAAUAGCCCGGAAGAUUCCAUUACUGAAGAAAAAGCAUGCUGAAACUUAUUUGAAGUUUGCUACAGAACUUUUGGAGAAGCCUGUAGAUUACUGGGAAUAGCGUGGUCAAAGAUACAAAAAUUUAAACAAUGAUACGACACACCAUGUUUGGAGGAGAAAUGGCUCUGUAUAUGUCCCUAAAAAUACCAUACCUAUAGUGACGUUCUGAGUUAAAUGCAUCAUGGUAUGGAGCUGUUUCUCUUUUCAUGGUGCUAACAUAAUCCAAAAAUUAUCGAAGGGAAGAUGGAACCAUGUACUGGGAAAUUCUUGAGAAUUACUUCACUACCAUGAAAACUCUGUCACCAUCCACCAGGACAAUGAGUAUAAGAUGCAAGACCUUCCAGGAGGACAACAAUCCACAACAUACUGCAAAGGAGAGUCUCAAUUGGUUCCACAGGAAGAAAAUAAAGGUGUUGCAAUGGCCCAGUCAAUUACCAAACUUAAACCCAAUACAAAGUGUGUUGAAGAUGAAGAUUCACCAGUGGGCUCCCUGGAAUCUUCAAGCUGUAAAGACUGUCUGUGUUGAAGAAUGGCCAAAAUCCCACAUGAAAACUGUGAGAGAUUAGUUUCUUCAUACUAGAAGCAAAUUGAAGCUGUCAUUGCAAACAAAGGCUUCUCCACAAGGUAUUCAAUAAAUUUCAGUUAACAUGUUCAGUACUUUUUUCCCAUGUCAUUCCUUUUUACUGCAAUAACAUUUUUUAAUGGAUUGGAGUAUUACAAUUAUCUGUGUUGUUUUGUUGCAAUAAUAUCAAUGUCCAGUCCACAUUUCAUGUGAAGAGCUGCAUUGGAAAUAUGUUUAAUACUUUUUUUUUUUUAAUAUUCAAUAUGUGUUGAAUACAUAUAGACACACACACACACACACACACACACACACACACACACACACACACACACACACACACACUCUACAUCAGAGCCAGUAUAAAGGCUCCUGGUACUAUUGGAAUUAAGUGUUGGAACUAAGGAUGUACUUGACUUCUUCUGAACAUCACAGCUGCAGUGUAGCCCUUUCCUUUCUCUAUUAGACCACCAAAACCAAAUUUAGGCAAACUACAAUUAAAGGUGUAGCUUGUUGGCUUGCUUUAAAUUCAGGGGGAUGAAUCCAGAAGAAUCCAGAAACGUUGCCAGUGGUGUUUGAUUCACUGGUAGGAGUAUUUCUGAGCUGCCAUUUGGAUCACCUUGUGGUUUACCUUAGAAGUGUUGACUUUAACCCAUGUCAUUCAGAGUGUUUGUGGAAAUGAUUGUGUGUCUGUUUUGGGGGUUUGUGAGAGUGAUAUUGAGAGAGUGUCUCAUGAGUGUAUUGAGUUUAUUAAAUGUAUUUAUUUUUUUAAUUAUUAUUACUGGGCUGUCUUAUUGUCAGUUGAAUAAAUUUUCUUCACUGAACCAAGGCUCAGGAUUGUGAAUGAGAGAUCAGUACCUAUUCACAUCUAUCUAUAGAACAUGUCUUGUAUAUAAGUCUAAGGCUUAAAUAAUGGCCUUAUGUUGCAUGGUCAUGAAAACAAUAUAGUACUAGAAUAUGUGUGAGUAAGUUACUGUCCAUGUGCAAUAAACUGUCUAUGGGUGUCUCAUUUGCAUAUGACAAUUAUAGCUGUCUCAUCAUUCCUCCUUUCCCGUUACUUUUCUCUGUUCUUUCUCUCGGUUUCAUAUAAGUUGAUGAUAUGCUAAUUAAUGUUUAUUGUUGGCUUUUUCAGCUGACCAAUGGCAGAGGAUGCUUUUUUAUGCUGGUGCAAGUGUACCUGCACUAAUAUAAGUGUAUUUGCUCAUUUACAUGGGUGUAAGACAACUUUCCCAGUUUGUACUCACUUGCUAUAUUUAGGGUCAUAAAUGAAUGCACCUGUGCUAAUGGGGUGGGGUGGAGCAAUUGGGGGGAGGGGGGGGGGGGGCUUUUAAAGUCCAAUGACACAGGGGUAAUUUCAAACUCACUUUGGUCUAAAAUUGCACUUUUGUUACCAAAGGCUUCAAAUGUGGGUCCUGUUUUUUAGAACAUGUGACCACUAUAUAAGUUACACCUACUUUAACUUAAACAUGAUACUUCACCCAACUAUUACCUACAACAACCUAAAUAAUUUCAUACUCAAAUAAGAACAACUUGGCUAUUAAAUGUAAAUCUUGCAGUUGGACAACAUUACACACAGAACAUUAUAAAGUCAAACAAAACUAAUUUUUGAACAUUGAACAAAAUGGAUUUAUUCACGAACCAAUUUGACUGCAGUCAGAGAGAUGAGGAAUUAGCCAAUAAAAAGCCAUAGAGUGGUAUAGGUGUGAGUGAAGUUCUGUCAGCCAGUCUAGUAUUCUAUGAAUUAAUUAGUCUAUUAUUAUGAAAAUUUUUAUUUUUCUGAGCACAUACUUGGAUGAGAAAGUGGAUGAGGGUUAAUUUGUUUGGAUAUUGCCUAACCACUCCUCUUGGCAAUUCAUUGUAUUCAACAGCCAAUUUUUUUUUCCCCCACAAUUAUGCUACUGCACACCAGGUUACAACAAGUUAAAUAUAUAAAUAAUAAAUUAAAAGCAUAAAAUACCACAACAUCGUAACAUUCACAAAUGUAUUAUUAUUCAUAUUUUUCCAGUAUCAUGAAACGUAUCAUGCAGUAACCACCAAAAAAUUUUCAACAUUAAUAGCAAGUUGUUAAAAUAAUUAAGAGAGUGAGCACUGUUUGCAUAAGCUAGUAGGUCCUGGGAGUUUGAAGUGUUAAGCCCUAUAUUUGAGCUUGCGCCAUGAUCACAAAAAUAGUUGCUAGAGAUUGUAGAACUGUUUACAUCACAGCAUUUCUUACUUACUAACUUCUUAUUUACUAUUUUAUUGCAAUGCUCAGUCAUCGUUUUCAGAUAUAUUAUUUUGAGGCUUCUUGUGAAGAUUUUUUUUUUUUGUGCCAUGGUAAAGACCCCCACUACAACAUCCAGACUAGGUUUAGUCAUACUCUUAUUCCUUUGUGACACAUACAGUAAUUAAAUAGCAUGUGGUUCAUCAGUGGGCUGUCAGUUUGUGUGUCUUUACAUUGUUUUGCUGCUGCUUUCACGUCACUCCUGCAAAAGAGUCCUCACGAAUUCCUUGCCAACUCUGUCUAGAGUGUUACAUGUUUUAAAAUGUUAUGAUAAAUGUUUUAUAUAUACAGAUGACUCUAACUAGGAAUCAUGUCUGGGCUGUUGUACCCAUUAACAAGUACAAACAAAAUAGCAAAAAUAAGCAUAUAUACAUGUCUACAUGAAGUACCUCUUGGGAAAAUGCAAAUUGAUCUCUGUCUGAUUGCGUAUUAUGUAUGUACAAACAGAGGUACAGUGCAAAUUUAUGUAAGUUAUGUGUAUUAUAUCACUGUAAGUAUCAUACAAAUGUAAGCAUUUUUUUUCAUUGUAUUGUGUUGUGAAACUGUACAGUGUGUCACAUAAAUUUUGAAAAAAAAUAUUUUUUCCCUCUGGCCUUUCAUCAUUGCCAUGUUUCUUGUACACAUAUUACUGUGCCAAAUGUACUGUACUCAAAAGAUGUGAAUGUGGAUUGUUUGUUUUGGAGCCUAUUAAAUAAGAUGGUCUUAAAACUACA